AUGUACAGUACUGCAGUCUACAUUCAUGCACUAUUGAUGUUUUGUGUGUCAUCCGUGGGAAUAAUGUUGAGCAAUACGCUCGCCGUGACAUCUCUGCCGUUGCUGUGUACUCUGGUAUUGCUGCAGAUGAUCGCCACACUUGCGUUGCUCCUUCCAUUCCCCUCACAUGUGAAGGCGAUGACACCUAAAAAUGGGCCUGUCUGGAUUCCCGUGGCGUUAUUUUUUGUCCUCAUGUUGUAUACAAGUAUGAAGAGUUUUGUUUAUGCGAGCGUUCCGACUGUUAUUAUUGUAUGCAACUCUGGGUUCAUCGUUACGACAGUCGUAGAGUAUUAUGUACUUGGCGAAGUGGUGAAUGUUGAGAUUAUUUUUGGCAGAGGUCGUCGUCUUUUGCGGAGCUGUGGUAUACGGCUGGGUGAACUCCACCUUUUCCGUUAUUGGACUGGUGUGGAUGCUCGCAAACAUUGUUGGACAAGGGUGCUAUCGGAUUCUUGUGAGACACAUGACGAGUACUGUCCCGGGGUUCGUAUCCGCCCCCAAGUACACGUUGGCACUGUAUAA